AUGGAAGAAGAAACUAAAGAAUUUAACAAUUUAGUUCAAGAAAUAAAAAUUAAUGAUCCUACUAAAAAAACUUAUGCAGAUACCCUGAAUGAAUGGGUAGAUGGUUAUAUUGUAUUUAGAGAGUAUUUUAUUCGCUUAAAUAAUCGUUCUAAUAUUAUCACUUUGGCGUAUUGUCUGUGGUGUGGUGAUAAAUUGCCUACUUCUUUACGAGAAAAUUAUUUUGAUAUCUUGGAAAAGGAACACGGCAUAGAAACUAACUUGGGAGAAUAUAAAGAACGCUCUGAUAUUCCUGCUAAUUUUAGGACUGAUAG